GAUUAUGUUUUCUCAAGAUAUCUUAAUUAACUAGAAUCUCCAGUGAUCUACCAGUUUUCAAUCUUCUAAAUUCCUACCCCCUUCAUACUGCAUGGUCUAUCCCACCUACAUAAACCUGAUUGGUGCAGAAAAGUAAAGGUGUGUUUCGACUAGAAAGCUUUCCUGAACAAGAUAUUAAAGAGGGAACAUUUGGUGUUCGAUUAUUUGGAAGAGGUGAUGUAAAACUGCUUGAUAGAGGACUAGAAAGCUUUACAGAACAAGAUGUUGAAGAUGUAACAACAUUUAGAGUUUGAAUAUUUGGAAGAGGUGAUGUAAAACGACUAGGAGUGAUUUGUUUUUUCACAAUAUCUACAGAUGAUGAAAGGCAUUUAACAGAGGAUAAAUUAUCACUUGUAGCUGUACAUUCUUCAUUUUCUAAUUGGUGCACAGAUUUUCCACAUAUUCGCUUUGGAGAUGGUGUAGAUAUAUGAUAAGAAGAUAAAGAUGUCGAGUAGAGAGCCCCUUACACCUUUAAAUUCAAACCUUACGCCUACUCCUAAGAGACCAACUCCUGUUUCAAAAUUUAUAUCACCAUCAACAAGCCGCCAUGCACACAUCCCUACUCCAGUGACUGCUUUCACUAAAGAACAUGAUGACGCUGCUGAACGAAGAGACAGACGAAGAUCUCGGGUAUUAGAAUUACAGCGAAAAGCUGGUGGUGGUGGAAGUCCUGGUUCACCAGACAGAAGACGGUCAACACCGUUAAAUGGGUUAACAGCUAACCAACUUUCAGAUCAUUAUGCUAGCUGUAUUCAGCUAUCAACUGAAAAUAAAAUCAAUGCCAAGAAUGCCUUUGGACUUCAUUUAAUAGAUUAUAUGUCAGAUCUACUGAAAAAGAAGGAAUUGGAAAAUUUUCAGGUGGCAAGUACAACUUUAGAUGCUAGUGCUAAAAUUUAUGCGGGCCGUGUAGAUUUCAUUCAUUCUGAAACAUAUAAAGUAUUAACAGAUUUAGGAAGAGGAUCAGAAAAAGAUAAAAACAGAAAUGAUGAUGAUAUGGUUGAAAAUCCAGAUGAACAAAAUAAUGAUGAAAACACGAAAAAGAAAAGAAAGACGAGGAAAAGUAGAACAAUUGAAAUAAAUUUAAAGAAUAUCAAUGUUAAUAAAUUUGAUUUAGAAUUUGAGGUUGAUCCUAUGUUUCAAGUGACAUCUGCAGCUUUUGAUGAAGGUGGUGUUAGUGGUUUAUUAUUAAAUAAUCUACAGUGUUUUGAUGAUGGACAACAAUUAAUUUUAGAUUCUUCAACACAAGUAUCUAUUAUUGAUGAUAAAAGUUUAGAAGAGAGAAAAAGUCAAUCAAUUGACACAGAAGAAAUUCAAGAUUUACUUUCCAAAAUGAAUAUUGAAGAUAAGAUAAUCUGUCCACAAUUUCAACAUUUUAGAUUUACCGAAUGGGAUGAUUCAGAUACAAGUUCUAUCAUACCUAAAACAUCAUCAGAGCAUGCUUUUGAUAUAAAUGCUGAGAUUGAACCUAUUCCAGAAGCAGAAGAUCUUAUACCAGAGCAUGGUUUGUCAUAUUCUGGUGACAGUGAUGAUGAAAACGGUUUUGAAGCACCAGGUGAAGCGGAUGUGUCAUCCGUAAUAGGAGAUAAUAAAACAGCUAACCUUGUAGAAAGUGCGUUCAGAGAUUUGACGCAUGGUUCAGUUGGAAGUUUAAUGCAGAUACUGGCUACAGAACCUUCAGAUUAUUCUUAUUUUAAUAAAACUUUAUUGAGAUCAUGGGCUGGACCAUCACACUGGAAACUAGGACCACUGUCUAAAGACGCAAAGAGUGUGAAUAAAACCAUGAAAACAAAAAAGCCUGAUUUUGUCAUAGAUUAUGAUGCAGAUGUAGACCUGGAGAAACCUUUCAGGAAGUCAAAAGCUACAACUUUAACAAAAGCAACUUUAAGUAAACAUAAGAAAAAUCAAACAACCUUACCAGAAGAUCAACAUUAUGAUGCUGACAAAUUAUUUAGACUUUUUAAUAAACCUAAAAUUAUGAUCAAAAGACAGACAGCAAGUGAUGUAGGUGUAGAUGAUGCUGUAGAUAAUUAUGAUUAUGAUAAUGUUAAUGAUAAAGAUAACUACUGUCCAGCUGAUGUAGGGGAUGAUGAUGAUGACAAUGGAUUUGAUUAUACAGCAGCUUGUGGAGAUUAUAGUCAAGAAUCAUCUGAGAUGACUGUUAAUCCCGGAUUAUCACAAGAUACUAUUUUUGAUGGAACAGUUCUAUCAGGAGAUAAAUUAUUAGCUCAACCAUAUAAGAUUGCUAAGAUAGAUAUUGGGUAUGCCAAAACUGCAAAGAAAUUAGAUGUUAGAAAAUUGAAAGGAUCAAUGUGGAAACUAUUAGCAGCUCCAGAAGAAAAGGAAAAGUCAGUAGAUGAAGUUACAAAUGAUCAGAUGAUGAGUAAAACCUGGUCUUUUCAAUCAUUGUUACAAGAACUACCUGAAAAAGUCUCCACAAAUACAGCAAAAAAUCUUAGUGUACCAAUUGCUUUUGUCUGUCUCCUUCAUUUAGCAAAUGAAAAGUCGUUGAAAAUCACAGAUGACCAGUUGAAAGAUCUCGAGAUAUGUAAAGGAUGAUAGUUUUAGAUUGACUUUUAUUCAGUUUUGUUAUAGUAUAUCUGUUAUGUCCAGUAGACCUAUUGUUUUUGAUCUUAAAUCUGUAUUUGUAAAUAUAAUUAUACAGUAGAUAAAUGACUAAUGUCUUUGUUAGUAUUUAAUUAUAAGUGUGCUCAGUCAUACAUUUUUCUCAUUUUUAAUCUACAUUAUUUUAUCUAUUCACAUAGUAAUCAUAUAUAUAUAUACACCCAUUGACUCAAGUGACUUUAUUUUAUCAAUUUCAUGUUGUUUUGUUUCUGUAAAUAUGAUCCUGUUAUUGAAUUUUCUUUUUCAUGAUCUAUCAUGUCAUCUUUAUAUAAUCAUAUAUCACUACUUCCAUGCCAUGAAGAAUCAAUAAUAAAAUAUUUAAUAAUAUCAUCUUACAAAUGAGUUUACUAUUGAGAGAGAGAGAGAAAUGGGGUUUAACGUCCACUCGACACAAACUGGGUCAUUUCGGGACUAACAUAUGGUU